AUGGCUACUCUACGGAAGUCCAAGGCCAGCUUCCUGGCUUUGAUUUUCUUGGUUGAUAUGGUUUCAUUCGCUGGUCUCGUUGGAGCUAGACCUGUUGCCAUGGACCAGUUAGAUGUUCCGACACAGGAAGGUUACCAUGGCAGCUUGGGGCAGGAUGGAGCCGCUGGCCUCGCCGAGGAGCUCGGCUGGCAGGAAGCCUCUGGCGUGGACAGCGGCACGCACAUCCAGUCCAGACAAUACUCUGGUUUUGGCGGCACUGCCACUGGUGGCACGACUACGGGGAAUGCCGCCGCAGGUAAUUCUCGGCCCGGAAGCAGCACGACGGGAAACACUGGGACCGGCAAUAGCUUUGCUGGAACGGCUGGUUCUGGUAUCACGGUCACACCAUCUGGAGGUGAAGGCGGAGGCACUUCUGCCUCGCCGUCGAGCCCUGGCUCUAGCGCUCCAGGUACCGGGGUGAGCGGGCCUGCCGCCGCAGGCAGCGGUCCCGGUAAUGGCUCUAAGGGUGGCGGUUCUCCGACCAGCGCUGCAGGCAGCUUUGCCACUCCCGCAUCUGGGGGUGUUAGCGGAGGCUCUAGCUCUGCUUCGGCAAUUCCAGGAACCACGGUCAGCGGAUCUGGGCUCUCUGGUAAUGCUGGCGGCACCAGCGGCACAGGUCCUAGGCCCAACGGCAGCGGUUUCUCCUCCAGCAGCUCCGGGAGCAAUGGCACGCCAAGCUCUGGUUUAGGUUUUGGAGAUACAGCAUCUGAAGGGAGCGGAGCUGUUGCCGGUACUCCCGGCAGCUCGGCCUCUGGCCCUGCAACAGGCGACGCAGGCAAUGGAAGUGAGAGCCCUUCGAACCUUGCAGACGCUGGUAGAGAAUCUACCCCCAACAAACCUGCAGGAUCCGGAACGGGUACAGAGGGUUCUGAAGCUGUAGACUCGGCUGCCAGUCGGGGUUCUGCCAGCAUGGAAGCGCCAGACUCCGCCGGCGCCAGCAACAAGGUUUCCAAACGUGCAAAGAGAUCGACUACAACUGACCCCGUCAAUGGGGGCACCGGAAACAGCCUCAAUGGAGUCAACGGUGGAGCGACCAACACCGGCGGCGGCACAAAUGUCAAUGUCAUUAACAGCCCAGCCAGCGCGGCUGAUAAAGACAAAGGGACGAUUAAUACGCUGCUUGACAAGCUGUCUUCGAUCAUAAAGACUUUGCGCUGA